UUCGAGACACCGCGUCAUCGGCCGGUCGUGUACGUUACACAGACACUGCGAAAAUGCUUAAAUUACUCAGAAGUGCUCAGCGCUUGCAAGUUAAAUACCGCCAAUAUAGCAACGCGACAGUUAUCGGUACAGAACCAAACAAAAAUGACCCCUACUACCUGGAGAAUAAGGCGAGAAUGGACGAACUUGUCGAAGAGCUCAGGCAGAAAACAAACACGGCCGUCAAAGGUGGGCCCGAUGAGGCGAUAAAGAGGCACGCGGCGAGAGGAAAAUUGCUGGUGCGUGAUAGGAUCAACCGGUUAGUGGACGAAGGUAGUGAUGUUUUAGAACUGAGCACGUUAGCGGCCACGGACCUCUAUAAGGGGCAGGUACCGGGCGCCGGCAUCGUCACGGCGAUCGGCAAAGUUCACGGUCGCGACUGCAUGAUAGUGGCGAAUGACGCCACGGUUAAGGCCGGAACAUACUUUCCAAUUACGGUGAAGAAGCAUUUGCGAGCGCAAUCGAUCGCGCAAGAAUGCCGGCUUCCGUGUAUUUACCUCGUGGACUCCGGUGGAGCUCAUCUACCAGAUCAAGCCGAUGUGUUCCCGGAUAGAGAUCAUUUUGGGAGAAUAUUCUACAACCAAGCCAAUAUGUCUGCUGAGGGCAUCCCACAGAUAUCUGUUGUGAUGGGUUCCUGUACAGCAGGCGGUGCCUAUAUACCUAGUAUGUCGGAUGAAAGUAUUAUUACCAAAGAGCAGGGAUGUAUCUUCCUCGCUGGACCACCUUUAGUCAAAGCUGCAACUGGUGAAACGGUUUCCACUGAAGAGCUUGGAGGUGCGGACUUGCAUUGUCGGCAAUCUGGUGUCACUGACCACUACGCGCUGGAUGAUGAGCAUGCGUUGCAUUUAGCCAGAAACGUUGUUGCGAAUCUUAACUGGAGCAGCGAUCAGAAGACAAGAAUUUACUCAAGCAAAGUCGACGAACCCGUUCACGACAUCAAUGAACUACACGGCAUUGUCGGCGCAAAUAUUCAACGGCCUUUUGACAUCCGAGAAGUUGUCGCGCGAGUCGUCGACGGCAGCAGGUUCCACGAGUUCAAACAGCUCUAUGGAGAAACUUUAGUAUGCGGCUUUGCUUCUAUCUACGGACAUCCAAUUGGCGUAAUAGGAAAUAAUGGCGUGUUGCAAUCGGAAGCUGCUCUAAAAGGCUCGCAUUUCAUUCAGCUUUGCGCCGCGCGUAAGAUACCGUUACUGUUCCUGCAGAACAUAACCGGUUUCAUGGUGGGAAGGGAGGCUGAGGCGGGCGGUAUCGCCAAGAACGGUGCCAAAAUGGUAACAGCCGUCAGCUGUUUCAAGGGGCCUAAAAUAACAGUGAUUGUCGGCGGAAGUUUCGGUGCUGGUAAUUACGGAAUGUGCGGUCGGGCUUACUCACCGAGCUUUUUGUACAUGUGGCCUAACGCGAGGAUUUCUGUGAUGGGAGGGCCCCAGGCUGCGACUGUUCUGUCGUUGGUUGCUAAGGACAAAGCAGAGCGGGAGGGUAAGACGUGGACUGAGGAGAAUGACAAGAAAGUGAGAGCUCCUUUAGAGGAACAGUUCGAGAAAGAAGGAAAACCAUACUUCAGCACGGCUAGGUUAUGGGAUGACGGUAUAUUAGCUCCAAGAGACACUAGGAAGGUAAUAGGGCUCAGCUUAUCAGCUGCUCUCAACGCCCCAUUCACGGACAGUAAAUUCGGUGUAUUCAGAAUGUGAUUAUAAGUUAAUGAGUGCUAAUUACGUUCACGAAUGUGUUAUCUUAUCAGUGAACAGUUGUCAAGACGUAAAUUCUUUGUUAAAGACUGAAAAAUGUAUAGAUAUUUAAUUACAAUACGCGAUCUUUGAACACAUUAGAUAAUUGUUGUAAAUAUUAAAUAAUAAAAGUUGUAAAGUGAU